GCGUGACGAACGAGACGAUGAGCGACGACGCAGUUUGCCGUGUAUACGCGUUGCGUUCGUUCGUGGAUUAUUCGCGUGGUUCUCGACGAGCAACGUGAUCGGUGGUUCGUCGACGUGAUGACGUCAGAUCUCGAAGCGUAAGACCCGAGAACGCGUUUGAAGCCCGUGAGAGAGCAGGGCGUGAAAAAUCGCUGCGCGUACCUUCGCCUCGUCGGAUGGAGAAGUAUGCGCGAGUAACGGCGCGCGCGUGUCCGCUUUGUCCACGGGGAUGAUCGUGCUGGGUGCUGUUUCGACGUGAUCCUUGACCAAGUGAACCCAAGCGUGUGUGUAUGUUACCAUGUUCCGCUGCAUUCCGAUUUUUAAAGGGUGUAACAGGCAGGUGGAAUCCCUUGACAAGCGUCACUGCUCCCUGUACUACGUGCCCGAUGAUAUCGUGCGCUACGCCAGAAGCCUCGAGGAGCUUCUGCUGGACGCGAAUCACAUUCGUGAUCUACCGAAGAACUUCUUCCGACUUCAGAGGCUACGGAAACUCAGCCUGAGCGACAAUGAGCUGCACCGUUUGCCGCCCGAUAUCCAGAAUUUCGAGAAUCUCGUGGAGUUGGACAUCUCCAGAAAUGAUAUCCCGGACAUUCCCGAAAACAUCAAGAAUUUACAAGCGCUACAGGUGGCGGACUUCAGUAGUAAUCCUAUUCCAAGGCUCCCACCAGGAUUCGUGCAGUUGAGAAAUUUAACCAUACUCGGACUGAACGAUUUGUCUCUCACGAUCUUGCCACCUGAUUUCGGAAGUUUGGAAGCGUUAAAAUCACUGGAGUUAAGAGAAAAUUUGCUCAAAUCCUUGCCCGAAUCGAUCUCCAAACUUUACAACCUCGAACGAUUGGAUCUCGGUGACAAUGAGAUCGAGGAAUUGCCUGCACAUAUAGGAAAAUUACCAGUGCUACAGGAAUUGUGGCUUGAUCAUAAUCAGUUGCAACACUUGCCGCCUGAAAUAGGCGAACUCAAAACUCUAGCGUGUUUGGACGUCUCGGAGAAUCGUCUGGAGGACAUUCCCGAUGAAAUUCGCGGUCUUGAGUCGUUAACGGAUUUGCAUUUGUCGCAGAACGUUCUUGAAAAGUUACCAGACGGAAUUGGCGAACUGAAGAAGUUAACUAUCCUCAAAGUAGAUCAAAACAGAAUUAACACUCUAAAUCCGUGCAUAGGAAGGUGUGAGAAUUUGCAAGAGCUAAUUCUUACAGAGAAUUUUCUUUUAGACCUACCAGUGUCUAUAGGCAAUCUUCAUAAUUUAAAUAAUUUAAAUGUUGAUAGAAACGGCUUGAGAUCUCUACCGGUAGAAAUUGGAAAUCUAAAAGAAUUAGGUGUAUUGUCUUUAAGAGACAAUAAGUUGCAAUAUCUCCCGGGUGAAGUAGGACAAUGUACUUCUCUUCACGUCCUAGAUGUAUCUGGGAACAGAUUACAAUUUUUACCAUAUUCCUUACUCAACUUGGACUUGAAAGCGGUAUGGUUGAGCGAAAACCAGGCGCAACCGAUGCUAACGUUUCAGACGGACAUUGACGAAGAAACGGGGCAAGAAGUAUUAACGUGUUUUCUCUUACCACAGCUAGUGUUUCGUCCUGACGAUUCAGUCAGACUGGAUAUGAUGGUCGGUAUGAGAAACGUUCAGGGUGAAAUGCGCGAGCUGACAAGUAGCGAUGAUGAAGGUUGGCAAGAGAAAGAGGCAUCGAGAACGCACUCGGUAAAGUUUACUGACGAGCCGCCACAUGCCGAUAAAGAGACUCCAUUUAUACGUCAAAACACACCACAUCCUAAGGAGUUAAAAGCUAAGGCACACAAACUGUUGAGCAAAGCGAGAAGCGAAAGUCGAUCGGCAUCGACAGAGGAACAGGAUGUUUCUCAAACUUUCGGAUUGGAUAAAACCGAAUCGGAAAUGUCGGAAAAGCCCGAAGACAUGCCACAUGAACAAGACGAAAUAGAGUGCAAUACCGUGCAAAACGAUCACAAGAUUUCGGAACCUGGCGUCGAAACAGACGCCCAACUUAACAAAGAAACAGAUAGUUCCGUUAAAGACGCUGCAGAAUUUCAAACGAAUGCAAUAGCUGAUGAGUGUGUCCCGGAAUCGAAAGAGGAAGACUCCGAAGACGAGGAAAUGCAUAAGCAUGUCGAAUUUGCGGAGGACACGACUAACGAAGACAAGCCCAAUAAACUUCAACGUAGAGACACCCCACAUCAUUUGAAAAACAAACGUAUUGACACGAUUGAUAAAGAGAAAGCUGCUAAUCUUAUUGCGCAGGUUAUGAAGAAAGCUGAAGAGACUCCACAACCACAAGAACCUGCAGAAACGUUCGAGAUGCAGAGUCAAGAUGUGGAACCGACAUUAGAGGUGCGAGAAGAGCAAUAUGAAAUUCACAUAGAAAGAACGACCGGCGGACUAGGUCUGUCGAUAGCUGGUGGCAUCGGGUCAACGCCUUUCAAAGGCGACGACGAAGGCAUCUUUAUUUCAAGAGUUACUGAAGGUGGUCCUGCUGACUUGGCUGGGCUGAGGGUAGGCGACAAAGUAAUAUCUGUAAAUGGAGUAUCAGUAGUAAAUGUAGAUCAUUACGAUGCCGUAGAAGUGUUGAAAGCUUGUGGACGUGUUCUUGUGUUAGUCAUCAUAAGAGAAGUCACAAGGAUAGUUCCACCGUAUGAACAUGUCUUGAGAAAAGAUUCCGUGUGCUCCAGCUUAAGCACAAGUAGAGCACCGAGCGCGACAUCUUAUGUUUCAUCCACAGCAUUGUCGCAUACUUUAGAGAAUGGCGACACAACUCACGAAACGACAAAGACGAAAAAGAUUCCCGAACCUAUAGCUUCAGUAAAAACGACUAGUAGUGAACCUAUGGUACCCGUUCUCUUUCACACGACGUUAAUACGAGAUCAAAAUGGACUUGGGUUUAGCAUUGCUGGCGGAGAAGGUUCGCAAUCGUUUAAAGAUAACAGUGAUGCAAUAUAUAUUUCGAGAAUCACGGAUGGCGGAGUCGCCCAAAAGGACGGCAAAUUAUUGGUUGGAGACAAAGUAAUGUCUAUUAACGGAGUAGAUAUGAGAGGAGCAAAACACGAACAAGCGGUGGCUUUGCUCACUGGCUUGGAAAGAUUCGUACGAUUAGUGGUCGAACGGGAAAUACCGCUUUCUCAAGUUAACAGCGUCGCAACUCCCUCCGAAAAAUCGCCGCGCGUUAUAGGCACGCCGAAACCUUACACAGGUCUGUACAAUGCCAACAGCUACAUAGCGAACAAGCCCACAUACGCUGGCUAUCGUCGCUCUAUGGAUGUUGACAAAGCGCUCUCGCCGAGUCCCACUUCGAAAACGCCGCCGCCGUUACCGGCGUUGCCCCCGAAAACCGAUGUUGUCAACGGAACCGCUAAGAUGAACGGCGUGACCGAUCCAGGAAACACUCUGAAAAGCGUUUCACCGGUGUCUCCCAGUCCGACGGCUAAUCAAGCUUAUCCGCAACCAGCUCCCAGGCAUAGUGUCACCCAAACGACGAGUGCACCCACGAAUAAUACUGCCCCCACCGCAGCCACUACUCCUCAAGGAGAGCCUCGACCGGCGUCUCCACAGGAGGAUAUACAGGUACCGAAGCCAAUCACCAACGAGGAAUUUCAAGCUAUGAUCCCCGCUCAUUUCCUUCGACCUCCAACAUCCUCGCCUUCGCCAGACUCCCAUCAGGGCCCCAUUGUGACAGUGACGAUAAAGCAGCCCGAUACAUUACCCAGCGAUGUUAACUUUCCUCCGGCUCCCACCACACUUGGUAAAGUUACUGAAACCAUCACAAAGAGCACACUCACCGAGACCGUCGUAACUAGAGUGACUGACAACAAUUUGGUGCAACCGCUUAUCAUCGAGGACGUUGUUCUUGUAAAAGAAGGUUCUCUGGGGUUCAGUAUUAUAGGAGGAACUGAUCAUUCCUGCACACCAUUCGGAGCGAAAGAACCUGGAAUUUUUAUAUCUCACGUUGUUCCCGGUGGCAUAGCGGCCAAAUCCGGGAAACUGAGAAUGGGUGAUAGGAUAUUGAAAGUAAAUGGUACGGAUGUGACCAAAGCAACGCAUCAGGAAGCGGUGAUGGAACUUCUGAGACCAGGGGAGCAGAUUGUGCUCACCAUCCAACACGACCCACUUCCAGAAAGUUAUCAGGAAUUAGUGAUAACAAAGGAAGCAGGCGAGAAGCUUGGCAUGCACAUCAAAGGAGGUCGAAAAGGACAGAAAGGCAAUCCUUUCGAUCAUACCGAUGAAGGCGUUUUUAUAUCAAAAAUUAAUUCGGGUGGUGCGGCCAAGAGAGACGGACGAUUAAAGGUUGGAAUGAGGUUACUCGAAGUUAACGGAACGUCAUUGCUCGGUGCUACUCAUCAAGAAGCCGUCAAUAUUCUCCGGUGCUCAGGAAAUACGAUUACACUGAUCGUGUGCAAAGGUUACGACAAAAGCGAGAUCGACCCGAUAAUAAUGUUGUCCGACAGUAAAGAUUCCAAGGGUGCUAGAGCGCCGCACGAAUCCAAGGAUCCGGCUGCUGACGGUAUUAAAUCCUUGUCGCAAAGUGUUUCCAGUUUAGAUCGUGACGACGAGGAAGCCGCGAUACUCAGACAAGAACAAGAAAUGAAAGCUGAGCUUGUUGCGUGGGAAGAAGAGGAGCGAGAACGCGCGCUUAUAGAAAACAGGGAGAAAUCCACACCCGAAAAAGUAUUAGAUGUUGUACGAGCAGCGGAAUCCUUAGUGAGCAAAUCGAGUAGUCCUGUAGAUAUGGUUGUACCACCAAAGUCACCCGGGGGUACCAAGGAUCUCAAAACUACCACGAUUGUUAUGAGUAAACACACGCUAGCACCUCAAAAUCCUAAUAAUUCAAGAACGAAUGAGACAACUGGAACUUCAAAGGAUCUUUCUUCGUCCAAGUCAUCUGCGAUUCCCGAUCUUUCUAAGACUACGAAUUUCGAUCGUUCCACCUCUAUGCACACCUUACCUUCCCCGACGAAGAAAAAAUCUUUGCCAAAACGUAGCAUCACGUUUGCCGAUCUACCGCCGUCUUUAAAAAAGAGUGCGGACUGCAUCGCUUAUCUGUCUCGUGACAAACUAUCCGCGACACCCGCAACCGAACAACCAAUUCGGUCGUCCCAAGAAACACUCGACUCCCAUCCGCGAGUAACAUCCUCUCAAAUGCACGCACGUUUCCAACUUCCUCCAACUCCUCUAACCAAUCCUGAACGCUGGGAAAAUCUUGACACUUCAACUCCUCUUAGAAAGCAACAGAUAGCACGCUCUGUUGGUGGAAAUGUUGGUGAGCAAUCUCCCACUUCAUCUCCAACACCACCAUUGACGAAAAUGUCAGUUAGCGACAAAAAGAAGCUAUUUGAAAGUGCCAUGGAAGAACAUUUAAAACCCUCUCCCAAAUCAGAUAAGAUAUUUAGCUUUUUGAGUCAGGAUGAGGUGGAAAAAAUGAGACAAGAAGAAGAGAAAAAGAUUGCAACUUUGACGCGAGACGAGCUCAAAUCGUGGGCGCAACUUGAUGAAAAUGAAGGUCUUGAAGAUUUAGACACAAUGGAAGAUCAGGAUAAUGGACGACCUAAUAGUCGAUUAAGUUCACGAACUUCAAUUCCUCUAAUCCCGAAUCUCCCCACUAGUGUGAGAACAGCGAAAGCAGAACGUCGUUUGAAAGAACGAUUGAAACAAGAGGGUCUUAUUUCGGACGAAGACGACGAACAUCUUCUAAGUCCUGCUGAACAGCGAGUACUUAGAGCAGAGAAACGAGCCGCUUGGAGACAAGCGCGUCUCAAGUCUCUCGAACAAGAUGCGCUUCAGGCACAGAUGGUAAUUAAAAAGAUGAGCGAAAUAAUGGACACCAAUAAAAAUGAAGACGCCCGCGACGCGACUGAUCUUUGCAAAAACGAAGAUGCAUGUGAUGCGACCGAACAGCGUUCUCCCGACCCAGAAAAACCAGUCGAAUUUGCUACAUUACGGCCGUCUAGCGCUGAUUUCCCUAAGCUCGCUGUGCGCAGUAAAGUGGGUCCCCCUAAAGAGAUACGCGAAUCCGAGAAAGUAGUGGAUGAGAAGGUCACUCGGCGUACCGAGGAAUAUCUAGAUGAGGUAACGGGCGAACGUCGUGUACGAACAGUCGAAUACGUCGAGAAGCUCAUUGAGCGUCAGGUGGAAACUCUGCGAGAGAAAAUUAUAUCCUUGGAAUUGAGCAACGCCGAGGACGAUGUAGAAAGUAUAACCGGUACCGGAGCGAGCGACGGCGAGAGCGAAAGCGAAGACACCGCGGGACAAAAUACAACGACUGUUGUGGAAGAGAAAACGGAUUCUCAAGAUGUGACUGACGCGACUGAUGUUACCCCCGCUAAAACAGCUAAAACGGACGUCACACCCACGAAAAAGAAAAAACGCAAGCGGUCGAAGAAAGGUCGUCACUGAUGAAAAAUUGUGCUUUUUAACAAGAGUAGGUAUGAAACAUUUAAUGUGUGUUAAAUGUAAUUCGAAUCGGCAGAGAGAGAUUUUAUUAUAUUGCGAUAUUUUAUUAUUAUACAAAUUUGUUGUGUAUGUCACCGCGUUCUAUAUGUAAAUCGGUACCAUUUAUACACUGCAUAUACAUACAUAUAUAUAUAUAUAUAUAAAGAGCAUAUAUAUAUAUAUAUAGAUUAAAUCAUUACAUACGUGUAAUACACGUGCACAUUCAAGAAUAUGAAAUUGCUUUUGACUUUAAUUUCUGAUGCAACGGUGCGUAAAACAAACGGACCUGUGUUCUUUUUUUUUUUUUAUUCUCCUUCACAAAUAAUGUAACAAAAACAAAUAUCUAAUCCUGUAGUUAUAUAUAUUAUAUUAAGUAAACAAAAAAAAAUAUUAGAUAUUUACGAAAACUUUCAAUGAGUAUAAUACGUCCAUCUAAACAGACUUGUAACAUCGUUUGUUACAUUCUGUGUGCGUACGAUGUGUGUAUAUAACACAGUUUUACGAUACGUAUACAUACAUUGUACAAAUUGCAGUGUUCUAUUUUAAUAAUUGCAGCGCGAGAUCUGAUGUAUAUGACAUACACGCCAGAUUAUUUGGUAUUUUACAUCUUUCAAUGUUGAAUGCCGCGCUACUGCAGUUUCAUAAACGUAUACAUUCUUAUUAAUACAUAUAUAUUAUAUAUAUAUAUAUAUUUAUAUAUAUAUUUUACAUACAUAUCUCGUGUUUAAUAAUAUAACGGAAAUCUGACUAAGUUAAAACUUUACGAGUUUAAGAUAAUGAAAUUUUAGCAAAAAAAAAAAAAAAAAAAAAAAAUCCCG